AUGCCCAAGAAACGCUUACUUUCGGCCAAUUUGCACAAAUAUUAUAUGGCAAUACAGUCUUUAUGCAAAUUGGCCCAAACUAAGCGUUUGUAGUGAUAGUUGGUUGUUUGCUUUGUUCCUUAACUGGCCUAUGAGAUUUGAAUCCCAUACUGUAAAAAUUUCUGCGUGCAGUGGACUCCGAUACUGAACACUCUGAUUCUUCCAAUUUAUUCCGUAUAUCGCUAUGGGUAACUUUUUUGUGUUUUAAAGCCAAAUUCUUUAAAAUUCGUUGCCCUCUGGAGGUGACUGAAACAUUUCUGCCAUACCAACCCCCCUAAACCGAUGUAAUACGAUGUUUACGAUGUUUCUCUUAAAGUUUUUGACUCGACCUUCGAACUGACGAUUAAGAUACAAUAUUUUUUUGCUAUUUCUCUUUGAUACAUGUGAUCUUUUCUAAUAGAGCAGUAACAGAAGAGAGCAGAAGAGAUUUUCUCAACAAAAAGAUCUUUACAAUCACCCAUAUGAAAAAAUUCCAAUCGAAGACAUUUUUGUCUUUUAGAAAUUAACAUAUUUUUAUUAAUAUCUUAACAUAACUUAAACAAAUUAAAAACUAACAUUAAUAAAGACUAAUAUUAACACUUACUACUGCAAAUUUUACGAAACUUUGAACAUCAACCACUAAUUUGACUAAAAAAACUAAAGUUGAAAAAGUCGAGUCAUUGUACCAUUUUAGCCCAUUAGAUUGCCGUCUGUCAAGUUUUCACAAUUCAAUCAAAAAGUCUCACAUUUUUUAACUUAAUUAUUUAGCACGAUUAUUAAGCAAUUAUUAUUUAACCCAUUCAGCAGUUCCUUAUGACUUUGAACAUACAUUUAACCCUCUAUGGUACCAUGUAUAUUUAAAUAUACAAAUAUUAUCUCUGGUCUAUAUUGGUUUAUAUCGAUCUUAAAACAAAAUUGGUCAUUGUAAUAUUCUAAAAUACAUGUCUAAGCAACUGUAUUAUGUAGGUUCUUUAUAGAAAUUCCAAAUAACAGCGAUAAAAAAAAAUGGCAACAUCGAUGGGGUUGUCUAAUGACGUUACUAGGAGAACCGCCCACUUCAGUGAAUUAUUUGUGGGGUUUUACGCAGGUAAAAAUAGAAAUGAAAUUUAGUACAUAGAUGAGGUGAUUUAGUAGUGCAUAUUUUACAACUGUAUAUUCAAAUAUACACUGUGUAAUAGUGACUGAAUUUUUCUGUACUUUCGGUAUUUUUAUUUUGAUUAUGGAUCCAACACGUUUUUAUGGCAAACAUAAGGAAACACAUAUACUUUUACCAGAUGUUGACAGUGAUCUUGAUUAUAGCAGCGAUGAUAGCAUAACAGAUGAAACUUAUCUACCAGAUAUGUUACAAGAUUCAUCUAGUAGUGGUGAUCAAAUAGUAGAAGGUGACCAAUUGGGUCAGCAAGCGGAUUCUUAUGAUGAUGAAGACCUACCGCCACCUCUAUCAGACCUAACAAAUAAUCAAAUUCCCAUUUGUUCAAAUUAUGGAAAAAAGAAAAUAGAUUUGAAAUGGACAAAUUCAAAGAAUGAGGCAGCUCAAACGCCUCUGUGGGGUGCCCAUCUACAGGAGUGAAAACUCCCGUCCAAUAUUUUUUAUAAAUUAGUUGAUAAAGCUUUGUUAGAUUAUAUAGUGAAGCAAUCAAAUUUGUAUGCUACACAAACAGAUAUAUCUGGAAACUUUUCUAUGGAUUCAAAAGAUCUGGAACAGUUUUUAGGACCAUGUUUCUAUAUGUCACUGAUAUCGGUACCAGGUACUAGAAGGUAUUGGAGUAAUGCUUGUAGAAUUUCUCAAGUCGCUGAUGUAAUGCCGUUACGAAGAUUUGAGCAAAUAAAAAAAAAUUACAUUUUGCUGAUAAUCACCAACUACCAUUGAAUCCGCCAGAUCGUUUGUUCAAAAUAAGAAAUGUGAUUGAAACCAUAAGGCACAAUAUGAAGUCCAUACCAAUAGAGCAACAUUUAUCUGUUGACAAGCAAAUUAUUCGCUAUAAAGGACGUAGCGGGCUAAAGCAAUAUAAUCCCAAAAAGCCAAAGAAAUGGGGUUACAAAUUAUUUUGUCUUGCAGGUGCGAGCGGCAUAGUAUAUGAUUUUGAGGUUUAUUGUGGAGCUCAUAAGCAACCAGACGAUUUACCAGAUAUAAGUGCCAGCAUUAAUGUUGUUAUUCGCUUAGCUGAACGCAUACCAAAAAACCAAAACUUUUUGCUAUUUUAUGACAAUUGGUUUUGCAGUCCUGAGUUGCAAAUAAAGUUAUCUGAAAAUGGCAUCCAGAGUUUGGGUACAGUUCGUACAAACAGGGUUCCCAAAAACAAGCUGCCAGCAGAUAAAGUGCUAAUGAAGCAAGGUCGAGGGAGUUGUGUGGAAAAGGUUGCUGUCCAUAACAGCACAACACUUAGAGUAGUCAAAUGGUAUGACAAUAAGGCAGUAACAUUGCUAAGUACAUUUGCCAGUGCUUCUCCUGAAACGACGGUCCAGAGGUACGACCGUAAGAAAAAGGAAAGUGUAACAAUAAAAUGCCCCAGUAUUAUUAUUUUAUAUAAUAAAUUUAUGGGGGGAGUGGAUUUGAUAGAUUCUCUCUUGGCACUUUACCGAACAAAGAUUCGGUCGAGAAAAUAUUAUCUUAGAAUAUUUUUUCAUCUAAUGGACAUGAGCGUCAUAAUUGCUUGGCUUAUGUAUAGGCGAGCUAGCGAUGACUGUGGAAUUCCUAAAAGACAACUGUCUUUAUAUGACUUCAAGGCAGAUGUUGCUCAGAGUUUAUGUUGGGCUAGUAAGUUAGCAAAAAGAGGUCGCCCAUCCGGCAGUACACCAUCAUUGGAUAAAAAAAAAAUUAAAACUUGUGUCUCCGCAAACGCAGACUGUAUUGCUGAUAGAAUGGACCAUUGGCCCCACUAUGAAAAAAAGACAGGAAGAUGUAAGAAUAAAAAAUGCCAAAAAAUAACAAAAGUAAAAUGCACUAAAUGUAAUUGUUUCCUAUGUUUUGUUCCAGACAGAAACUGUUUCCUAGAUUUUCAUCAAUAGUUUUAAUUUUUUUUAUUAUUAGUAGAUUAUUUGUAGAUAUUGUGCCUGCCUUUUUUAUAUCAUCGUUAGAACCGUCUAUGAAAAAUCUGUAUUGACUGAAGUAUAGAAUUGCAAUUUUUUUAAUAAUAUAUGCACAAUGUAUAUCUGAAUAUACACUUUUUUUUUCAAAGAAAUAAAAACUUUUAAAAAUAAAUAACUACCUAAAACUAGUCUAAAUUAUCAUACUUUCCCAUAUUUACAUUAAAAAAAAUUUUUGCUGCUGUCUAAAAUGGUGUGUGCAAUAGAGGGUUAAGGUGUUUCAAAGAAAAAAACUGAUAUUUGUAGGGUGAGUCUAAUAAAUUGAACAGGGACUGUAGUUUUUGAGAAUUUUAUUGUUUUUCGUAAGUUUUGACCCUCUUGCUCUUAAUCUAGAAAUUCAUGCCCUAUGUCUAUUUUUCUUCUUCUUGAUGUGCCUAACCGUGACGAAUGUUGGCGAUCAUCAUGACAAUCUUUAUCCUAUCUGCAACAGCGCGAAAAAGCUGCACAGAUAUUUUAUUGAACCAGGUUCUGAGGUUUUUUAGCCAGGAUAUUCUUCCUGGACCUUGCUUUCCAAAUAUUUUUCCUUACAAAAUGGCUUGUAGGAGAUCAUAUCCGGAUUCAUUUCUCUUUUAACCUCUCUUAUUUCUUUCAGUUGCAUUACAUCCCUAGAUCUUUAUGAUUUGGUUCGUGGUAUUUUGUUGCUAUUUUCGAAAACUUCCACUUAUUUUCCUUCAGCUAUUUUUCUUUUCGUUCCGUUAAACAUUAAAAACCGUCAAUUUUCAGUAUAAAACGUUAAAAAAGGCCAAAAAAAGUCACUAUUAAAAAUAUAAUUUUUAUUUCUUUAUAAAAAUUAAAAAAAAAACACCUAAAGGUAAAAACGCAAUCAAGAAAGCGUCACAAACUGCAAUGGAAUUAAACAAAUACUCAUAAUCUAAUAACAAAAUAAACUUAUUCGAUUAUAAAACAAAACUGUAAUCUGGCACAACAUGUCUGCUUUGAAAGAAGGCAAUUUUUACACUUUUAAUUAAACAAAAAUACUAAUUUAGUAUAUAAAAAUUUUUGUAUUCAAUGAUCAUAUAAAAUAAACGAAAAACACAAAACGCAACAUUUAUAUAAUACUUGCCGAACUAGAAACUAUAACAUACAUUUCGCUAGCUGUGCAUUAAAAAUAUUUAUUCAUUACCCUGUAUCUUAAAUAUGCUGCCACAAAAGUGACCAAUCCUUUGUAAAUUAAUGGUGGCAUGUAUUUAAUUUCGAAUUUUUUAAAACGGAAGUUUCUACAAAGACUUGAUUCACUUAAAUUUUAAUUCAAAAUUACAAAUUACUUCGGAUUAUAUGCUACAUAUUUAGCCCCCCUUAUAAUAUUCACAUAGUACUAAAUCCGUUAAACCGAUGGGCUGUUGCAUCGACUGUUACAAUGAUAAGACUAUUAGUCCAGGGUAAUAAGGUUUUUUCCAUGACACUUGAACAGCCAGGGUACUGAAGCGUUUUUUCGAAAGGUAAUACCCAUAAGAACAAAUUGUAACUAUUUACUGCGUAGGAUCUGGCGGUCAUUUUUAUUUAUAAACAAUUGAGUGUAAAAAACGGUAUUUUUUCCUGUUUUUCCAAAUGAAUUUAAAACACUACUGAAUCUUAUGUAUUUUUUAGUACAAACAUGUUCGAGAGCAUGAAGCUUUAAAACGACGUAUUACAAACAAAGGUUGAUAUACUCAUUUAUUGUUAAUAUAAUUGUAAAAAAAGGUCGAAAUUGCAAAAAAAUAAAUUUCGCAAUAAAUAUUGUAAAAAUUAGUGUCCAGCUUUAAAAUUUUUCUCCAAUAAGGGUUCUUUAGUGCUUAAUAUGUGACAAAAAUUUCAAAGCGAUUCAUUCAAUUGUUUAAAUGUUAUUCAAAUUGUUUAUCCCAGAGAGCUUUUUUUGCAAUAACAUAAGUAAGAAAAAAAUGUUAGAACCAUUCUACAGCUAGUUGAAAGACUGAUAAGUUUGUACACACUUGAAUGAAUAGAGGAAAUAAAAAAUGUAGUAUAUCAAAGUGUGUAAAUAAUUUAUUUCUUUAGCUGAGCGCUUUCGACAUAAACGUCAUCAUCGGAGCUAAUGGUCAAUUGUUAAAAAAGUACCGCUACAAAAUUGAGGUGUUAACAUUUGCAUCUUGUGAAAAUAAAUUUUGGUUGGAUAUGCUAUGCCCUCCGUACAACCCCAAACAGCAAAAACAGAAAAACGGCCACAUUACACGUUACACAAACACAAAAAGAAUUUUUUCAUGGUAUAGGUAUCACCCAUCCAUUGUUGGCCUAGUAGUCAGCUGUUUCUACUCUCGUUGUUCACAAACGCCUGAAUGAAAUCUUCCCAAACCGAUGGAUUGGACGUGGUUCUCCAAUUUCUCGGCCUCCAAGACAUAUUUGACAGCGCCGGACAAUUCACUGUGGAAUCUUAAUCAAGAGAAGUUAGAAAUGCAGAUAUGUUUCGAAUGAGGACUUGCGAAACGGAGUGCGCCCAGCUUUUACGUCAGUAACUCCGGACAUGCUGAGUUGGAUGAGUAUACGAACAUUAGGGUGGAGCGAAAAAAUGAAAGUUAAAAUCUUGUUUCGCAAUACCCGCCAAAAGUUGCCUAUUGAUAAGUAAAAAACACUUGCAAAAUAUGAACAAAUUCGAACAACUGCUUGGGCCCUCUACCAAAGCUUGUUUUUCUCCAAAAAUGAAAAAAAUCGUUUGUUUUUAGCAAGGCAAAAAAUUUAUAAUUUGUUUCCUAAUUAAUUAAUUUGCAUACUACGCCUAUGGAAUACAUAACUACGAUCAUUUUCUAA